CUGUGAUGGUCCUGUCGCUCCUCUCCUUUGCCAUGUUGGUUGGUUGUUACUCGGCGGGUUCCAUCCCUCUCGUCAUGACCAUGUCUGAGGACCGUAUGGAGGUAGUGACAGUGUUGGGUGCCGGCCUACUUGUGGGCACAUCUCUCACUGUCAUCAUUCCUGAGGGAGUCAACACACUGUUCAGCAUGGAAACAAGCACAAAAGGCAGUCACACUGAAGGCCACAGCCACACUGGUGAGGAGCAGGCGCACACAGAACCACACAACCUCAUCGGACCACCGCUUGUCCUUGGGUUCCUGUUGAUGUUGCUCAUAGACCAGUGCUCAGGUGGCCAUCGCAAAGCAGGUGAUGCAGAGAAUGGAGUUACCAAAGGAAGGAGAAGUUCGCUGACAGCCACCUUAGGCUUAGUGGUACAUGCUGCAGCUGAUGGCAUAGCACUUGGGGCUGCAGUCUCAUCAUCACACACGGAUGUUGAAAUGAUCGUGUUUUUCGCCAUCAUGCUACACAAGGCUCCUGCAGCAUUUGGGCUUGUGACCUUUUUGUUGCAUGACGGACUAGAGAGAAAUCAAAUUCGGCGACACUUGCUCGUGUUCGCCCUUGCUGCUCCCAUCGGUGCCGUGGUCACAUAUGUUGCAAUUGUCCAGAGUGGCACGGAGUCCUUCUCAUCCUCCCACAGCACAGGCAUCGCUAUGCUCUUCAGUGCUGGGACCUUCCUUUAUGUAGCCACAGUACAUGUCCUGCCAGAGCUCACCAGCCACAGCCACGAAGGAGGAGGGGGAGGCAACCAUUUCUCCCGCAAGCAGUUGCUGGCCCUCAUUUGUGGCUCUUUGCUGCCUCUGUUCCUCACAUUUGGCCACCAUCACUAGGCAAUUUGUCUCCUUGUGUUAUUCAUCUUCAUGGGCUUACCAUAUCUGAUGUCUGAGGCGUCUUUCACGUGAUAUUUGAAUAUUUGGAGUAUUUUGGGCAUUCCUGUACCUUUACAACAUGUUCUGUGGUGUGACAGGAUGUUGAAAGCCACCUUGGCGACACAAAGCCUCCUGUGCCAGUGAUUGUAUAUGGAUUGAAAAAAAAACAGUGCUGCUCUUCUAAGACUAAUGUUCAUUAGUGAGCUGCUCUUCUAGCAACAUUGGCAAGAGAGACCCACUGCAAGAACAUUCCACUGUGUCAAUGGACAGUCUUGUGUGUCGUAAGUUGGUACUUCUCCUAUCCUUCUUUUGUCUAUUUUGGUGCAAGCACUGAUGUUUUGGUUACUUUUUAGAUGCAAAUGAAUUAUGGUUAGAACAUUUUAGUGUUUUUAAGGAAUAUGCACAAGUCUUCUCUUUUUCCCUUUUUAUAGAGAUUUAUGGAUAUGAUUGUUAGAUUUUGUUUAUUAAACUGUCUUAUAUUU